CUGCCUGAUUCUAGUCUCCACUCGGUUGAGAAGGACUUGAGAGGAUAUUGCCCUGGAACUUCAGUUGGGGACCAGCUGGUGGGAAGAAAACAUGACCAGUGGAGUCACACUUCUCUGUUCUCCGGAUUUUGUCUGACCUCAGGCGGUCUGGAGAUUGGAAGGAGCACUACCCAUUGGAGCCUUUCUCUAUAAGACAAGACAAUAUACAACUGCAACAUGCCCUCCACGUUUGAGAGAACUACCAAGAAAUUGGUCAAAGAGAUCGGAGACCAAGAGCUCAGACCUGUCAAAACCUUGCUGAGCGCCACCAAGAUACGCCGGUUUUCUCUAAUACAGAGGAAGAAGGCUCGCUCUUGGUUUUGGCAACGACCUGAUGUCUUACUUGACGCCUCCCUCAUGGACAUCCUUGAACCAGGUUCUUCGGUCCCAGAUGCUGCUGUGGUGUCUGUCCUGUUCAGUGACACUGAGGUCUCGAAGCAGCAGGCGGCUGGGAGCGUGAAUGCUGGGGCAGAAGCGGGCUUCUCGGGGGAGACUGCUGCGUGUCAAGAGUCCUCCCUUGACAUCCAGAUUGUUAGCACCCCACACAAAUCCUGGCCAGAGCUUCAGAAGAGGAAACUGCUGGACCCAGAGCCAGCCCUCCUGAAGCAGUGCCGGGAAGCAAGGAUGAAUCUGUUUGUUGUGACCGACACCGUGGAGCUGCGCAACAGCCCUGUGCUGCCGGAUCUCAGCAGCGCGAACGUCUCAGGGAAAUUCUUCCUUUCUCUGAAUAUAUUUUUCAAGGGUGAAGGACAGGGAGGAGGUCUCAAAGUGAGAAAGAAGACGUUGACUCUGCCGAAGGGCUCGGUGCUGGCCUAUACGAGGAAGCAGCUGGUUUUCUAUGGCAGAGAAUGGGAAAUUCUUCACAUCAGAUAUCCUAAUGAUCAGGAAUCCUUUCCAGCAGGUGAGUUGGUCAGGUUCUCUGCUUGGACCUCAGGCCCUGCUGAGCCCUUGACCCUCAUUGACCCAUAAAUACCCCCGUUGACUCAUAAAU